CACACACACACACACACACACACACACACCAUACACACACACACACACACACACACACACCACACACACACACGGGAUAGGGAGGCGAAGGCAGAGAGGAAUUGGCGGGAGGAGAUGGAGGGAGGAGGCGGAUGGGAGGUGGCGGAGGCGGAGGAGAAGUGGCGGAGACGGGGAAGGAAAGAGAGCGAGGAGAUGGCGGGGACAGGCAGAGGGGAGGUGGGCAGAGACGGAGUCACCUCGGAGUACAGCUUUGCAAGUCACAGGUCGAGGGCGCGAAGUCAGAGGCGGAGGGAGGCAGAGGGGAGGUGGGCGGAGACGGAGGGGAGGUGGGCAGAGACGGAGUCACCUCGGAGGACAGCGUUGCAGGUCACGGGUCGAGGGCACGAAGUCAGAGGCCGUUCGACGCGAGCAGGGCCAUAGCGCCGCCGGCCCUGCAAUGGGCCAAUGGCCAGCAGGUGCCGGGGCAGUUCUUUUACGACGAGCCCUCUUUUCAACGUCCGCGACGAUCCAGGCCGCCCGCGAUCCUACCGGCCCGAUGGCUCGGAUCGUCCUGCGAUCUUAAAGUCACGCGACGAUCCAGGCCGUCCGGCGAGGCGGACGGUCUGGAUCGCCGCGCGAUCUUAGUCUUAAAGUCUUAAGAUCGCACGGAAAUCCAGGCCGUUGGCCGGUACGCCGCGCGCGGCCCGGAUCGGCCAAAUCUUGCGCGCCAAUAGCAAUUUCUAUAAGUGUAGGGAUAAAGAUGCAUUGCACCG